AUGGCAUUUGAUAAUGUGAGAGACGAGGUGGCUGUGCAUAUUCGAAGCAUUAAAGAUUUUCCUAAGGCGGGGAUUAAUUUCAGAGAUGUAAUGCCACUUUUUCAACAGCCGAAGCUUGUUGACAAGAUGUGUCGAGUUAUUGCGGAUUACUGUAAAGGCAAAAACAUUCAAGCAGUAGCAGGAUUAGAGGCCAGAGGCUUUCUCUUUGGUCCACAAGUUGCUAUUCUUCUUGAUGUCCCGUUCGUUCCAAUACGUAAGAAGGGUAAACUUCCGGGAAAAUGUAUAAGCGCUAGCUAUGUCAAGGAAUAUGGAGAGGAUGUUGUUGAGAUUCAAGAGGAUGCUGUUAAGCCUGGAUGGCGAAUUCUUUUGGUCGAUGAUUUACUAGCUACAGGGGGCACCCUACGGGCAGCCAUUGAUCUCAUCAAGAAAGCUCAUUGUAUUGUUGCCGAAGCUUUUGUGUUGGUCGAGUUACAAUCUUUGAAAGGAAGAGAAAAAGUUCCGGAAGUUGACAUAACUACUUUGAUUGCAUAUCCAACAGAAUAA